UUUUAUCCGGCUUUGGGACGGCGGCUGUCAUGGCGCCUCCCGUGAGGUACUGUAUACCGGGCGAACGUCUGUGUAACUUGGAGGAGGGCAGUCCUGGCAGCGGCACCUACACCCGGCACGGCUACAUCUUUUCUUCGCUUGCCGGCUGCCUGACAAAGAGCAGCGAGAACGGCGCGCUUCCUGUAGUGUCUGUGAUGAGAGAAACAGAGUCCCAAUUUCUACCAGAUGUGGGAACUAUUGUAACCUGUAAGGUCUCUAGCAUCAAUUCACGCUUUGCCAAAGUACACAUCCUAUACGUGGGGUCCACACCACUUAAAAACUCUUUUCGAGGAACCAUCCGCAAAGAAGAUGUCCGAGCAACUGAAAAAGACAAGGUUGAAAUUUAUAAGAGUUUCCGCCCAGGUGACAUUGUCUUGGCCAAAGUGAUCUCCCUAGGUGAUGCACAGUCCAACUACCUUCUGACCACUGCAGAAAAUGAGCUAGGAGUGGUGGUGGCCCACAGUGAAUCAGGUGUCCAGAUGGUUCCCAUCAGCUGGUGUGAGAUGCAGUGCCCUAAGACCCACACUAAAGAAUUCCGGAAAGUGGCCCGAGUACAGCCUGAAUUCUUGCAGACUUAAGAAGCCAUAUUUUACCCCAUGGAGAGGAGUAAACUGUUUCUGAAAGUACGUGUAUGAAAAUAACUUGCCAUUGUCUUUAUUCAAACACCUGGGAUCAUCCAGCAACCAUCUCUAAAACAAAUCUGCCAAAAACUUAUUUUAUAGAUGGAACAUUACUCUUAUGAAGCUUUUCAUGAAUUUUAUUCUGUUGAGUGAUGAAACUUUUCUUUUGGAGCCACCAGCAAACAAAACUGUGUGAUGUUGGAAAUAGCCUAUUCUUCUUGAUGGUUCUUAUUAAUAGAUAUUUUUUGCUGUGACAAAGAAAAAUUUUUACUAAAAGCAUUCAUUGUUUCUGUUGUCUGGAGCAGAGAAGAACAUCUAAAUGGUGUCAUGACAUUUAGAGCAGGGUUUUGUCUAGUAACACCCAUUAACUGAUGUGUCAAGUGCUUCCUUGCUCUGAACAAAGCCUGUAUUUUUUGUGUUGUGUUUAAAGUAAUUGUGCUUUAAUUGUAUUAUUGAAUACUUACUAUAUGCCAGGCACUUUAUAUACACCCCCUCAUUUAGGUACAUUAUAAUUCAGUGGAAUUUGUAGGACAUAUGUGGUGAUCCAGGUAGCAUAUAGUUAGUUCUGAAAAGUAUUUGGUAAACACAGUAUUACUGAUAUAGUGGGUACUCCAGGAAAUGUUUGUUAAAUCUAAUAGAGCACUAGCAUGUGAGGUGGCCAGGGAAAGAUUUGAUACGUGACAUCAGAACGAAUUAGAGAACUUAGAUAAGAGAAGUGAAGAUAUUCAAGGCUGAGAGAGAAGCAGAAGCACAGAAAUGCAGAAGCAGAAAUGAAGGCAUAAGUUUGUGGAUGAGGAAGGGAUGAGAAUUAAGCAUGGAGAGGUUGUAGAGGGAAUGGGAAGGAAAGAUGAAUAUGUGAUGUCACUUCUUGAGAUAUUGUUCAAGAAGCCCAUAUCUUUAAUGUGUAGUGACAGUGGUUGAGUCAGACCACCUGAGUUUCUAUCAUCUAGUUUCUAGCCCUGAGCAGGUUAGGUUGAGUUUUAUUUUUUAAUUGAAAAUUUUAUUGAGAUCACUGUAGGUCCACAUGCAGUUUUAAGAAAUAAUACAGACAGAUGCCUUGCACACCUUGCCAGUUUCCCCCAAUAGUGCCAUUUUGCAAAAUUAUAGUAUAACAACCAGAUGUUGAUAUUGAUACUUGAGCAGGUUUUUAUCUCUCCGUCUGAAUAGUAUGACCUCAUAGGUGUAUUAUAAGGAAGAAAGGCAUAAAAAUGCUCAGUACAUGCUAACAUUACUGUUGUUAUUAUAUAUCAGAUUGCCUUCUAUCAAACAUCUACUAAAUGCCAGGUCUUACGCUAGAACUUUGAUGUAGGUUGUUUAAGAAGUCACCUAUUGAUAGUUAUUUUUAAACUUUACAAUUUUUUCUAUUACAAACACUUAUCUUUGUGCAUGCCUAUGAUUCUCUUGCAAAAUAGAGUCCCAGAAGUGGAAUGCUGGGUCAAAGAAUAUGCACAUUUUAAAUUUUGAAUAGAUUCUCCCUUAUUGCCUUUCAGAUGCUACUAAUUAAAUCUCUCAUCAACAGUG